AUGGCGGGCGGCUGGGAGACGGCGCUGGGCCUGGGGCUCUGCCUCGCCGCCCUGCACCGCGGAGGCUGCCGCCUCCCCAGCGUGGCCACGGCACCCCAAACUCCAGCUGUGCUGCGGGAUAAUUUCCGCCUGCAGCCGGGCGAUUUGGUGACCACAGCGGGACAAGCAUUGGAGCUGGAUUGUGUUCCCCCCUUGGGGUACCCCGAGCCCUACAUUACCUGGAAGAAGGAUGGGGUGACUCUGGACUUGGUAGGUGGCAGGUACACGGUCACCAAGGGGAAGUUACAGGUGGCGUCGGCGCAACGGAGCGACUCCGGUCUCUACAUCUGCGUGGCGGCCAACGCGGCAGGCAGGAGGGAGAGCCGGGGCGCCCGCGUCUCUGUGCUGGAGAAGCCGAGCAUCGUGCGGCACCCGAGCGAUGCCAUGGCGGUGCCUGGCAGCACCGUGGAGCUGGGCUGCAGCGCCCGCGGUGACCCAGCGCCGCAGGUGCAGUGGCACAAGGAGCACGGAGACCUGCCCUGGGGCAGGCACGAGGUGGACCAGGAGCACACGCUGCGCCUCUAUGCCGUGACGGCCGCCGACGCCGGCGCGUACGUGUGCACAGCGCAGAGCCAGCUGGGCACCGCCGCCGCCACCACCGUCCUGCACGUGCAGGACCGUCUGGCCACGGGCCAGCAGGACUCUGCCCCGCGGGAGCUGCUGGCCGUGCGGCUGCACCUGGACAACAGCACCGCCCUGCCCAGUGCUGCUGUGCAGCUCCGCUGGCAGAUGCUGAUGCCGGUGCCCGUGCCCGUGGGCUACGUGGUGCUGUACCGCAGCCUGUUCCCGGUCGCCACCUCCUGGGUCCAGCACGAUGCGGGCAGGGAGCUCAGCACCACCAUCCCCGCGCUCCGCAGGGGCUACAAGUACGAGUUCAAGGUCCGACCCUACACCGGAGGGACCCAGGGCUCAGACAGCAACAGCAGGCACCUCUGGAUACCCGAGGAAGUGCCAAGUGCAGCGCCCCAGCGUGUCACCGUCAGCCAGGCUGAGGCAGGGAAUGGCACCGUGGUGGUGAGCUGGGAGCCGCCUCCUCCUGAAGCGCACAACGGCGUCAUCCGGGGCUACCAGGUCUGGUCAAUGGGUGAGGGCUGGCAGCAUCCCACCAACAGGACAGUGGACGGAGCCACCCGGCGCCUGGAAGCCCUCCUGCCACACCCCGGGGCCGAGUUCUGUGUCCAGGUGGCCGCUUUCAACAGCGCAGGGCUGGGGGUCCCUAGCAAUGCCACCUGCGGAGUCCUGGGGCUGGCAGCAGGGAGCAGCAGGGUGGUGCAGGCGCUGCGGCAGCCUGCUGUCAUCGCAGCCGCUGGUUCCAUGCUCUGGUUGGCCUUACUCGCCCUCCUCCUCCUCCUGUGCCAGCGCCGCGCCAGCCAGGACGCUGCAGCUCGCCACAGGCUGGUGGCUGGUGACUCUCCGUGGCUUGGUGGCCCCUGGAAACCCAGCUGUGCCCCCCGAAACCUCAGCAGCAGCAGCAGCCUCAGCAGCCGGCUCCUGGGCAGUGAUGGCAGGGACCCCCACCCCUCCAGUGAGCCCCGUGGGGACUGGGACCCCCAGCCACUGCCAUGGGACCCCCACCCCUCCACCCUCUCCUUGGAGCCGUCGAGCCUCGGUCCCCCCACGCCCCCCAUCCACAGCAGCCUCCGUGGGGGACACCCACCCCCCCUCGGGGACAUGGGGUGCUGUGCUGGGGGCCACCCUGGGGUGCAUUCCUCGCCCAGCACCCCAAACCCAGCGCCCUGGGAGCGUGUCCGCAAGAGAGAGCUGCACCAGGUGCACAGCACCCCCCUGCUCGUGCCUGGCCCCAGCCACGUCCCUGUCCCUGGGACUGGAGGCGAGUGGGGCACAGAUUUGGGGCUGGCAGCCAGGCAGCCUCAGCAGAGGAGGCACAAGGGUGGCACUGCCACUGCCAGGAUGGACAGCAGGGACCCACGGCCACCGGCCUUCAGCUCUCCAAAGCCACACUGGGGCAGCAGCCCGCUGGCCUCGGGUGUAACCACGUCACCGGUGACGCCCCCGAGACCACCCCACGCCUGGCACCCACCGGUGACACGGUCCCCGACCUUCGUGUGCCCCAGGGACACGUCUCUGGUCACCAGGCAUCCCAAGGACAUGUCCCCAGUCACUGGGAUCCCCAGGGACAGGUCCCCAGUCACAGAGAGCCCCAGGGGUGUGUCACCGGCCACCAGGAACCCUAGGGACAUGUCCUUGGUCACUGAGCAGCCCAAGGACAUGUUCCUGGACAGCAGGCAGCCUAAGGAUGUGUCCUCAGCCACCAGGACCCCCAGGAACAUGUCACCAGCCACCAGGCACCACAAGGAUCCAUCACCAGCAACCAAGCACCAGAGGGACACAGCCUUGGCCACCAGGCACCCUGAGGACACCUCCCUGGUCACCAGGUGCCCCAGAGACCCAUUACCAGUAGCCAGGUGCCAGAGGGACAUCUCAGUGUCCACCAGGCACCCCAAGGACGUGUCCCCAGCCAGCAGGCACCCAAAGGACACAUCCCCAGGCACGAGGCUCCCCAAGGAGAUGUCACCAGGCACAAAGCACUGCAGGGACAAGUUCCUGGCCUCCAGCAGGUCCCCUGAACACAUGUCACCAGCCUUGAGGCAUCCCAAGGACACAUUGCCAGCCACUGGGCACCCCAGGGACACAUCCCCACUCAGCAGACACCUUGAGGAGACAUCCCCAGUCCCCGAGCACCACAGGGACAAGUUCUUGGACACCAGCAGGUACCCUGAAAGCAUGUCACCAGCCUUGAGGCACCCCAGGGACACAUCUCCAGCCACCAGGCACUCCAGGGACUCAUCUCCGGCCACCAGGCACUCCAGGGACACAUCUCCGGCCAUCAGGCGUCCUGAAGAGGUGUCUCUAGUCACUGGUCACCAGAAGGACAUGUUCUUGGACACCAGGUACGCCAAGGACAUGUCCCUGGCCAGCGGGCGCCUCUCGCCAGCAUUCAGCGACGGGGUCCUCACACAACAGCAGGUGGCUGAGGUGCUGGAGAUGGACCAGGACACCACCUGCUGCAGACCCCCAGCACCGACCACACCACGCUCCUUCUCACCACCGCACACCUACGGCUACAUCUACGGGCCACCGGCCUCUGAGCUGGGCGAGGAGGAGGAAGAGGAGGAGGAGGAAGAGGAGGAGGAGGAGGAAGAGCACACAGCAACAGGGGGCUCGCCAGGAGGGUCGCUGCUGAACGGCUGGGGGUCUGUGUCAGAGGACAACUUUGCCAGCACCCGCUGCAGCCUGGUGAGCUCCUGCGACGGCUCCUUCCUGCUGGACGCCAGCUUUGCCCGGGCACUGGCCGUGGCUGUCGACGGCCUCUGCUACAGCCUGGAGGACACUGAUGGGGCCUGCAGGGGUCCCUCACCACCACCAUCGCCCUUGGAGCAGGUCUUCCCACCCGGAGUCCACUCUGCCACCUGGGACUGGUGGAAAGUGCUGGAGGUGCCACAGAGAGCCAGGACAGAGGCAGCCAUGAACAGCAGCUCACAGAACGGUUGCCAAGGGACAGGGAUUGGCAGCCCCUGGGCCAGGGAAGGUGGUGAGCUGCAGACAGGAGGGACAGGAGCGUGGCAGUCCCCAGGGCGCAGGACACAGCCAGGCCAGAGCCCUGGCUCAGCUAAAAUCCAGCUUUAUUGGGCAGCUCCCCAAACAGGGGGUCUUUACUAG